AUGUGGAUAGCUUUGCUGGGGCUUCUGGUUGCAGUGGCCGUGCAGAUGUUUCGAACUGGGCAGCCGACGGUGCAGCCGAAGGGAAAGCAGACGGACUUCGAAGUUUGGGCAACUGCCAGAAGAAGACUUCCAGAUGCUCUGCAGAUGAAUGUGACGUGCUCGAAAACUCCGGGCGGAGACGGAACAGGAGGCACCGGCCUUUGCGGAACUCCCCGUCGAGGCAAUCGAUGUGCUCGAUUUGUGCUGGACGGAGCUAUACCUGCAGCGGACGUGCAGGAGCUGGCGCAACUCCUGCAGUGGCUCGUCUCCGAGGCAUGGGGAGGUGGGUCUGGGCCACCCAGUGUGCUGGACCUUCAUGCAGAGACCCUCUCCUACAAGGACAAGUUCGUGAACCUUACGAUGUUCAUGGAGUUCAAGUCCUUGAAGUUUACACAGAAGCAGGUCGAGGCCUAUCGCUCUGUGCGGCAGGCUCUUCGGGAACAACUAUCCCAGCUUUUCGGAGUACCUCUGGAAGGGCUUCAGCAUGACAUGACCUUCUUCUCCCACAUCAAUGCCAGCAAAACUGCUCAGACGGUGCAUGAUGAGUACUGGCACUCUCAUAUUGACACGGAGCAAUAUGGCACUUUCGCCUACACAGUCCUGCUGUACCUUAACACGGAAGCCCAGGACUUCGAUGGCGGUGAGUUUAUCUUCGAGGAGUCAAAGGGCGAGGGCUUCAGGGUGCCUGCGGCAGCUGUGGAGCCUCGGGCGGGUCGCAUCGUGGCUUUCAGCAGUGACGCAGAGAACCCGCACAAGGUCCUGGCUGUGUCCAAAGGCAUCCGCAUGGCUCUGACUGCAGCCUUCACUUGCAGCCAAGAGCAGGCCAUGGCGAUCCAAAGCUUUCCGAAUCCUGCGAUGGUAGAGGAUUCUGGCACUGCAGCUCAGUAG